ACACUGCUUACUUUGCAAUAAUUUAGUCGUCAUACGUUUUUUGUUUACUGUGGAAAUUAAAUUCCUUCUCCGGCAGUUCUCUUCUCAUACAUUUACCAAUUUUCGAUAUUGUAAAUCUUGGCACAAAAAACAAAAAAAAAAAAAAAGAAUGAAUCAAAUUUUAAUACCAAAUACGAAGUUGAAAUUAAACUAGUGCAUACUAUGUCGACGGAGAACAAUUGCAAUAUACAUAUAUAUAUGAACAGUAAAUAAAAGUUGGAUAAAUUAGCAAUAAAAGUGCAAAACCACAGCUUAUUGCAAUCUUUUUAAGUAGCCAUACUGCCUUCCACGCAGAGAGUAGUUAGCUAACAUAAUGGAAACUUAAACUUGAUUUGCCAUGUGAGUAAUAGGAAGUGCUGAAUAUUUCAGAGGAGAAGUUGGCAGAUAAAAUAUAGAAAAGCAGGAUAAGCAGAUUAAAUCAAUUCGCCUUGUAAAAUGCUCCCACGGCCGCAAGGAGCGCAACAGCAGCAAACGAAAUGCUCCAAUUUGGAUUUUCGCAAACGCCAAAUUGAUACAUUAAAAAUAUUCAACGAUAAUGUUGUUGAAGUUGCGGAGCAGGAGGAAUAUUGCAUACAUUUCGAGUCUGGUGGGCGAACGUUGUUACUUGCUGUACAACUAGGUGCGAAUUUUCCCAAUGAACGACCUAAAUUAGUUAUAUCACCAACUGUGCAGCAUCAUUGGGUGAAUUCGGCGACUGGUGAAGUUGAAACGGCGCCUGGAUUGCUCAAUUACUCUCCCCAUUCGGAUCUGGGCCGCGUUGUGCAGGCUAUUAUACGUGAAUAUGAGCGUUUCCCGCCACCCAUUGUCAAUGCCGGUAGCCCAAUCAAUAUACCAUCCCGUUCGAGCAACACCAACGCCAACGCUAUGGGUACACCAACAACCGUGGCGGCAAAAUCUUUGGAUAGCAGCAAAGAGAAUUCGCCAUUAGAUUCUGCUAAAUCUUCUAAAAUCAAUGAAAGCAGUUUACCAAAUCUCUCCACAUUGUCGCUGGACGAGCUGAAGCAGCUGGACACUGAUCCGCAGUUUUUUGAUGAUUUUAUUGAAGAGAUGUCUGUAGUACAACAUUUAAAUGAGGAGCUUGAUUCGAUGAUCAGCCAGGUGGAGAUUAUAUCACGUGAGAAUGAAUCUAAAGAAACGAAUUUGAUUGAAUUAAAACGCAAACUAAGCGACGAUGUGACUGCGCUUAAAAAUCUCGGUGAAAAAUGCGAUCAGCUGAACAAAAAGUACUUAAAAAAGUCAGAGGAGUAUGCGCCGCAACACAUACGCGAACUGCUACAAAUUGCCGCCUCAAAUGCAGACUGCGAUUGCGAUCGUCACGUAGAGCAUUUUCUCAAUGGGAAAAUCGAUGUACAAACAUUCUUAAAUAAUUACACACAUUCGAAAAAAGUAAGUGCCGAACGUAAAGCCAAAGAAGAGCGUUUGGGCCAUCAACUGAGCGCAUUGGAACGUGCCGCUUUCCUAAGGUAUGCAGUAGUUUUGAAUCUGGCAAAAAAAAAAAACCAAAAAAAAAAAAAAAUAGCAACGCUAAAGGCUACCCAAACAAAUUGCUACGUCACAGGUAUUGCAGCAAAUCGAUAGCCAACUUUCUUUAAUUACCUAUGCAUUACAGUUUAGUCAUUAAGCUUGUAUUUUCGACCCAAUGGCUAACGUAUGAAGUCAGUUUUACUGUAUUAGGUGUCUUGUGAUGUUUAUAUUGUUAGUAAAUCUCCACAAUAAUUGGUGUCCAUCUCGUAUAAGAACAAGAAAAAAAAGGAAAAAGGAAAUUAUUCAAUCUUAGUCAAGCAUUAAUAUAUUUUUAGUGACAUUUUUUUUUUCUUACAAAGAAAAAAUGCAAUAUAAGUAAAUAUAGUUCUCUUAAUUAAAUUAUUAAUCUGCCCAAGUAAGUUUCGUUGUUAUGUCUAUAUAGUUAAUAAUAUAGUAAUACUAUAAAAUGCGCUAAAUUAGAGUGAGAGUGCCUAUAAGGACGAGAAACCGCUAUAUCAUCUGUUCGUCUAACCAAACUCGGCAAUGUAGUUUCAGCACAAAAAAGAAGAAAAUUAAUAAAAACCAAACCAAACAAAUUGAUUUUAAUCUGCGGCAGUUGGUUUUUAGUGUGGUGAAAAUACCUUUUCGAGUUUUGUUGGAAAAAUGUAGUAUAUUGCAGCUUCUCGUUUAUAGACGUGCUCUACUAUAGCUCUUCAAAUGCAUAAAUAAAACUGAAUACAUACGUGAUGAGUGCAUUUAAUUAUUUAAUUCUUUUAUUUUGUGCAAUUACUAUUCAUUGCUUAGUAAUGUGAAUGCAUUGUAAUAAAACUGCAAAGUCAACCAGAACUUAUUGUGAUGUCAUUUAACACCAUAGAAAUAAGCAGAUAUUACUGGCAAAAUUUGUAUAUUUGAUUCAUUGCAAAUAAAUUGAAUUCCAACAAAAUAUUAUAUGAAAC